CCUCGCCAUUGCCACCUUCUCCUCUUCUAAUAACGCUUCUUCUGUUAUCGCUUUAUAAUGUCUGCCCUUACUACCACCCCUUACGGUUCCUCUGUUUCGGAUGAUAAUUUCCUUGGUGGUGUGGGAGAUAAGUUGGCCGGUCAAGAGGCGAAUUCAACCUCUAACAGUGUUUCAGUCAUGGAGAAAGAGGGAGUAGAAGAGGCGCCGAUGGAUCGGAAGAGAACCGGAAAGGGAAGUAUGGCGAGUGGAAAAAGCAGAGUUAAUGGUGCUGCUGCUGAAAAUAGUACUGGCGAACGUGGCUGCGAAUCUGAGCAUGAGGUACAUAUUUGGACGGAGAGAGAAAGGAGGAAGAAAAUGAAGAAUAUGUUCUCUAGUAUUCAAGCUUUACUGCCUGACCUGCCACCUAAGGCCGACAAAUCCACCAUUGUUGAUGAAGCGGUUAGCUACAUCAAAAGACUUCAACACUCUCUCCAAACUCUCCAAAAACGGAAGCAAGAAAAACUUACAGGCAGUAUAGCAACAUUAAUGACUGAUCAUUUUGAAACUUCCAUGGUCACUCCUGAGGUGCAAAAAGCUAUGCCUGAACAUUAUUCAAAGGAAGCACUUUUGGCUGACCAUCAGGCACAAUCAUCAGAUAACAACUUGAUUGGCAUUUCAGACAUGGCUAAUCGAUUUCCUCAGUGUCUUCCUGCAACUAAUUGCUUUCAGUUUCGGACAUGGUUUUCGCCCAAUGUUGUCAUCAACAUGAAUGGCAAUGACGCACAUUUCAGUAUCUGUUCUGUGAAGAAGCCAGGGCUAUUGUCUACUCUCUCAUACAUACUUCAGAAGCAUAAUUUGGAAGUGGUGUCUGCUCAAGUUUCCUCCACUCAAUAUCAUUGCAUGUACAUGAUUCAUGCCCAUGCGACUUAUACAGUUUCUGAUGAUCAAUUUCUAGAAACAUUAUCUGUGGAGGAAACAUUUAAACUAGCAGCAGGAGAGAUGAACUUGUGGUUAAUGACAUAAUUAUGCAAAGAAAAUAUGGAAUCAGAAGAUUGGUUCAUUUUAAUAUAAUUCCAACUAGAGAUAUCUACUCAACUUUAUAUCUUUCUAUCAGAGA